ACGAACGACGAUAAACGACGAAUAGAGAACGAAGCGCAGAACGAGGAAAUUUCACACUUCCGAGGAAAAAGGGAAUAUUAAACAACAGGACAUUUGCAAGUGCAUAAAGUAAUUAAAAUAAUAGGACCCAAUAAGAUUUGCAUCAAUUUAAAAACACAAAACUGGUACAACAUACUGUGCUGAAGUUCAGACAGCGUUCGAAAAAUUUGGUAGGAAGUGAACUCGCUCUGUUCAGCUGAGGUUUGAGGCUGCGGCAACCGAGUGAAAGUGUCGCGGAAAUUCUGGGCUUCGCCUGUCGCACCGCGUUCCGCUGUUUUUAUGCGCUUUAACGGGCUCUGCUACUGGGCACAAAUUUGCAGCGAAUGAAGUGCAUAGAAAAUAACAGAAAAGGUAUACAAAAUAGAUCCAAGUGCUGUUGUCGAAAAUACGGAUGGUGGGGAAUACUGAAAUAAAGUAGCGAAUAUCAAACGAACAAUUUAGCGAGCAACUGGCGCGUGCAUUAAAAUCAUAAAUAUACGGAAUUUUUGUGGUACAACAGAAAUAUUCUGAGUAGAAACAUUAAUAGUGAAUUUGAAUAGUGAUUUGGUAGGAAGCAUAUAGCUUAUAAGAAAUAAAAUAAAUAAAUUAAAUGCGCCGUCGUCCGUUGCAUUCAUUCCACGGUGGUAACUGCAAGUGCGAGCGCGAAAGAUCGACGACUUCAUUGUAGAUGUCGCGGGUACUGCAGCGUCAUCAAUUUACUUGAAAAUAAACUGUGCUGGUGCAGUUGUAUUACAACUGCAAUAACAAGCACAAUUCCUAGAGGAUAACCAAUGGAAGGACGAAAGGCAAAAGAGCUACGAGUGCGAGUACGACGCAUGAAAGUGAACUCUUCCACCUGCGGUCCAACCACUGCCUCGGUUGCUGAUGCUACCUCUGCGUCAAGCAAAUCGGAAGCUAUUGACGGAAUGGAAACGGAAACUCCAUGCUCCAGCAAAAGCACAGUGGCGCAAUCUAACAGCUCCUCACCCUCGACUUCCGAUGGCGACGACUUUGCUACCGUACAUUUUAAAUUAGCAGCUGCGUUAGAGGCUGCCGCUGCGCAUGCCACCAGCAGUGGUGGAAGUGCGCACUUACUCGAUUGGCAAAGUAUGAAGUCGGCGUUUAUGGCUGAAGCUAAGCCGACAUUCAAACUAAAAAGUUGCAGUGAAGAGGCGUCAGAAGAUGGUGCAGCCGAACCGCUCGAUUCCAACGCGGAUCUUCAAGAUUGUGUUGCAGCCGAAACACAAUUGGGAGGCGAACUGUUAAGGCCGCGGGAGGUUAGUGAUAACAGCAUAACAAGUUCCAGUGAAGAGGACGUAGAUGUGCCUAAGACCCUGCUGCUUUCGACAGAACCAAAUGCAGCUACCAUGGACGCUGAUCGUUCAAUGUUACUAUCGAAAUUACCGUUUUCGGAUCCGGGAGUUUCCGUGGUGGACGAUAAGAACCCAACGACAGCUUUAUCAAAGAUACUCUCCUUACCGCCAUUUGAUCCGCACGCACCACAUUUACAAGUGCAGCUGAUUAUCAAAAACGUUGUUUCGCUCACGCAAUUGAGUCAUCGAGAAGACAACGUUAUUGAGUUGGACAUUAAGAAGAGCCUUAUUGCGGAGUUUGCAAUCAGCAAAAAUCAUCGCACACUCAGUCCGUUUAUGGACGUAUCCAACAUACAUGUAAAACAUGGUAACGAUGAGUUCUUCACAUUUUGUUCAUGCAAAAAUUGCAUAAAAUAUCGUGAAAUUGUUAUACAUAUUAUGGUGGAACAAUUCAAAACAGCGCACAUGGUUGUCAUGCUGCUGGACGUGCUUAUAAAAGUGUAUGGGCCAAUGCUAAAAAAUCGGACUGCUUAUAAUAAGUUUGAGAAACUGUUGGAUGCCAACAAGGAGAUCUAUUGGAUUGCUUGUGGCUUUGUCUAUAAUAAAAAGGCUGAACAUAUGGAUUUCAUAUACGACGACUCCCUAUCAGACAAUAUGAUUUUCGUGCUUUUUAGUUCCAUUCUUAUGGUAAACAAUCCUCUGUUACUGUUACAAAUAUUAGCCUUUCAUGUAGAGUGCAUCGUUAAAGCAUACGCGGAAGGUUUUAUAGAAAUUGUUGAGCCGGACAACAAUAAAAUACCCGCAGAAGAAAUGUUGACAUACAUUUUGGAUGGCUAUGAUGAUUUAUGCCGUAUAUCGGAGCAGAUUUCUUGUUAUUUGUUUGCAUUUGAGAACGAUUUUUUACGCAAAUUCAACCUAACCUGGACUUUACUCUGCCAACGUCUAUAUCAACUGCAUGUUUACUCUAAUCUCACCGAUACUAUGCUAGCUUGUAUCAUAACUCUGAAAGAGGAUGAAUUAACAUCGCGUCAUGCUGCUCUUAUAAAAAAGUAUAUUCAAUUCGAUGACAAAAUGACGUACGUUGAGAAGCGUUGGUCAGAUGUUUGGAACGAACUCAAUAAAUUCAAUUUGUCUGAAACGGAGCGCAAACGUCGGAAAUGCCUACUAAAUGUGCAUCGCAUUUUUGACACUGUGGUGCAGGACGCAAUAGCUUUCUCGUUACAGGAAUUCGAUGAUGACAAUGAUUUCUAUGAUUUUCAAUGUCUGGAAAAUCGACGUCUUGCUUGGCAAAAUAUUAUGGCGUACACGAAGAUGAAAUGGCCUGAGGGAUUUUUUAAGCCGCCCAAUACACUGGUGUGCGAUGAUAAAUGCAAGAAAUGCAAUUCGCUGUUGGAGUAUCAUCCAGAGAAUUGCAAGUGUAUAACGUGUUCUAUCGCUGGAGGGCCCUUACCGCCACGACGCAACCCGGAUCACACCUGCUACAAGUGCAUGGCUCAAUUUCUAAUCGAAAAAGAAGUUAAUUUAUAUGAGUCAAAAAUUCUGAAUGUUUGCACAAGUGAUGACUUUUUGUCAUUUGUAAGAAGUAAUGGCAAACGAAAGAGUUCCGCACUUGAAGAGCUGAGUGAAGAAGUUUGCGGCCCAUUGCCAGCUAUUGAAGCGAAAACUGAGGACGAACUAGAAUUGGGCCAAUAUCAUGUAGCAUGGGGUGUUUUCCAACAUUUCAAUAAUCGAAAACGUUAUAGACAUGCCAUUAUUGAUGAAAAAUACUUUUGCAAAGAUUGUACAAGCCCGGCCUGUUUGUUGGCUCGCAAAAUACUCAACAACGAAGUGGCGCAUGAUCUGUCCCUGCACCUAGUGCAAUACUAUCAGCAGCUGUCGAUGAGUAUCGAAGAACUUCGUGCAAUACUGCCAAAUAUCAUGUUCUAUAAUCGAAAAAUGAUUGCUUUCAACAUUGGUUUCGAUUUAACCGAUGUGCACGAUCUUGUUGUGAAGAUCUACUGGACGUUUAUAAUUUCACUUUAUGCGCGCUACUUUAUGGAGUUCGAUCUGAAGUGUCCCUUGAAUUUAACCUAUUUCGAAUUAGCAAAUAAUGAUAUCAAGCUCUGCACAGAUAAAUUAGAAGGCAGCAAAGAUGAUACAAAAUUUAUAAAAUUUCUAGAUAAAGUUAAAAGUUUGUCGCCUUUUAAAAGCCAAGUCGAAUCUGAUUUUGCUUUUACUGUUGAUGUGCAUACUGAAGAGAUUCAAAAGAAAUUGGAUGAGCUUCUAAAUUUCGAGGAUAACCAACGUAGUCUCCCGUUGAACGAACAAAUCCCACCGCCUGUUACCAAUAUCGAACCAACCACGGUUGUCGAAGAUCAUCCCAGGAAGAAUUGCAAAGAGAAGUUAAAGAAGUGCUGUUUCGAUCAUUCGGAUUUGGGUGACCACUGCAAAGAGAAUCAUUCCAGCAAAAAGCGCAUUAAAAAGGAGUGCAAUCAUGCGCGCAUGAACGAAACGCGUGACAGGCUGCGUAAGAAGUUGUCACAAUUGGUAAAUGCGCGUAAAAAUAUGAAAGCUGCCGCUGCCGCUGCCGCUGCUAUUACAAAUGAUCAACAACCACAGCAGACAGCACAAGCAGAAGCUACACCAAACAUGAGCACCAAACAGCCACCUUCGUUGAAGGCGGUAGCUAAAGCAGCGGCAGCAGCUACCGCCGUCAAUUCGAAAUCGCCCAGUUCCACUGGCAAUAAAUUGGAGGAUGACGAUGACAGCUUAGUGUGCCUCAGCACAUUAUGCAAGCGUAUUAGCCAUUUGCAUAUGAAUGCAACUGCCACCGGUACAGGUGGACAAACGCCACAGUCUACAACUACUUCAACAACCGCACUAAAUGGUGUUGGCAAAAAGGCUUUGUCAUCGGCGACAAUUGGUUCAUCGGGCACUCCACCAGCUAAGAAGCCUUCAAAUUUGGGUGCAAAUGCUACUUCUUGGGAGGCGGCUAAUCGUGAGGCCCCAGGUCUCAAAGGCGGUAAUAUCAAAAAUGUUUCUGGCGGCAGUGAGAAGGGCGGUGGCAGUACUUCACGUGACUUAAGUGUACUCAGUGUGUAUUUGAACAGCUAUUCGAGAGAGUUCCUAGAUAAUUAUUCACGCGAUCAAUCGAAGGUGCGCAAGUGGAUAAACGAAACACUUAGCUACAUCGAAGGCGGCUCGGGCGGAAGCAACAGCAAUGGAAAAAAGCCCCAACCCCAAACCACAAAUCCGAAGAAGGCGGCUAAAAAGGCAAAGCAAAAGCAACGUAAAGAAGAAGAAAAACGUAUUAUGGAGUUGCAGGAUUUGCGCGGCCAAUUUCAUGAUAUAUAUUUCAAGGAAUUCACUGACAAACACAAAUUGAAACUCCUAAAGACCUCUAAAAAGCGCGAUAAAAAGCAAAUUGCUGAGCUCGAGACGAAUAUCAAAAAGCUGCAACGCGCCAAAGCAAAAGUGGAAACUGUGAUAUUGGAGUUGAUUGCCACUGUAAAACAAACAAACGCUGAAUUCAAAUUUUCCUAUUUGCCCACAAAGGAGCAACAAAUUGAGAAAUUAAAAGCUAUUGAAGAGAACGCAAUUAAAACAGCUAUUGUAGGUGGCGCUAGCGCAUGUAGAAAUCGCGGUAGUGCAACUGCAAAUGUGCCAUCCACAUCCGCCAGCAAUGGCAUUAACAACCUAAGUCCCAAUUCUGGAGACGUACAGGGUAACAAUAGCUACGCCUUGCCAUCUGUAUAUGCUCAUGCCAACGUGACCGGCGCUCCAUUUUCUCCCUAUCAAAUCGACUUCCAGUCGUCCCAAAAUGACGCAAUAAAUGCCAGUGCUCCCGGAACAGGCUACGGAAUGAUUCGCACGCCGAUACCGACACCAAUGUGCUAUGCACCGCCACCGCAUCAAACACUUUCACCCGAUGUGGUUGCUGCAAUGGCGGCAAAUGCAGCUUGCAACUCGAAUACAGACCCCUCCAAGCGUAUCGUCACAAUACGCCGCGUUAACUUGCCAAACGUGCCGGAGCCACGAGUCACGGUCACCGCCAAGGGUAGCUCGCCAGAUAAGGAUAAGUUGCUCUACACAUUUGUCAAUGGGCAACUGGUUCCAACUACGGCACCUCCUAUGACGCAACUUCCCUUGCAGCAGUUAUCAAAUGUUACAGAGCCUCGUAUUGCCGUAAGCACAAAAGCGAAUGCUUUGGACAAAGAUAAGUUGUUGUAUUCAUUCGUCAACGGGCAACUGGUGCCCACUUCCGCUCCACCAAUGACGCAAUUGCCUCUACAACAAAUACCGUUGCCACUGCCAAUGCAGGCUCCGCCACCACAACCACCUGUUGUCGCUAGCGAGACGCCAACGGAGCAUUUAUCACUAACAAUACCGCCACCACCUCUGUCUAAAACGCAACUCAAAAAGGAGCGGCGUCGGGCAGCUAAGUUAGCAGCUGCUGCUGCAGAAGAACAACUACUGCAGACACAAGAGCGAAUGCGCGUCGACGAGACCCACAGCCAGCAAAAAGCGGGCAAAAAGUCUAAAUUGAAAGCGGACGAAGCUUUAGAGCAACGGAUUGUUGCUGCAGCUGUCAAUUCGAAAUCGAAGAAGAAUGGUAAGAAUGCAGUCACACACUCGGCAUCAACCACAUCUGUGUCCACUGCGGAGGCUAUCGAAGGAGCGACUAAGAAGGGUGGGAAAGUAGCAAGGACUGCCAUACAAGGGCGUUCAGCUUCCACAACGACUUCAUGCUCUGCAGGCACAUCGUUGUCUGCCACUCCAGUCAACAGUCAAAUGAAUACUCGAGAAAGUUCGGUAAGCAGUCAAAAACCUGCCGCAGUAGGAACGGAUGUAGGUAAAAAAAUCAAAUCGACGACGCAGCAGCAACUCCAGCAUAAAACUCAAAGUCAAGUUCAAAAAACGGCAACGUCACAAAAGAAACAAACGGAAGUAGUUAAGCAGCAACAGAAUAAGGGCAAUAAAAAGGUGAAUGAGACGGAAAAUUUUGAGAAGGCGCCAACACCUUCACCCGAGCCAAUAGCAGCUGUUGAAGAUAAAGUUGAACAAAAAGGACGAAAAAAACGCAAAAAAGAGCGGACCCCACGUACGCGACUCAUUGAUAACGGGCAGUUUGACAACAAUCCCUUUGCGACAUUGCAUACGCAAGAUUCCGACUCUGAUUGGGACUCAGCGUCGUCCAGCUAUGAUGAAGAAGAUGGCGAAACAGAUUCAGAAGAUGGCCAGCAACAGCAAAAUACAUAUACACACCCGCCUUCCCCUAAAUCUAAGGUGACGCCAAAAAUAACAACUCAAGAGUCAAAACCUGCGCCGAUAACAGCUACGACGCCGACGGCAAUCCACGCAUCCGUAGUUUCGAAGACAAAAACAAAGAUGAGCGAGCAAAAGGCUAAAGAGAGUGCAAAUCAGCAAAAUGCAAAGUCACAAAACAAAAGGGACCAACAGGAGCCACGCAGAGAUGAUGUUGCUAACAGAAAACAACAGCAGAAACAACAACAACAACCGCCACAAACAUCACAACCGCAAAUGUCACAACCAAAACAGCGCGCCUCGACGCAAUCACAACGUAGAGGCGAUAAAGAUAGAGAGCGGGAGAAUGAUAAGGAGCCACUAAGCGCUAAGGCAAAGAGCAAGGACAAGGAAAAUUCGCAAGCAAGUCAAAGCUGUAAGCCUACCAGCUUAGCUGGAGGUGCAUGCAGAAGUUCUGGUACCCCAUCAGCUGUUGGUGGCGCUUCACCAAGAGAACCGCCCUCAAAAUCGAGUCGCCAAAACUCGCGUCAGCAAAAGCUAACUGAUAAUGGAGCCCAAAAGCAGGUUCAAGAUCUGCCACGCACCAGAGGAGGCCGAGGCAGUAGAGGAGGUGGCGGGAACAGUGGUUGUGCUAGCGAUGCCGGUGGUGCGGGUGUAGGCAACGAUUCACGGCCGAAACGAGGAGGUGGCCGCUAUGAGCGAGGCAGUCGGGGCUCAGGCGGUGGUGGAUGCGGUACUCAAAACUCCAAUCGUCAUUCUACCGAUACCACCCAUCAAGUUACUAGCUCCGGUACGGAGGGCAAACCGCUAUCCAAGCGCGCACAACGACAAGCUCAACGCAAUAAAAAGUUUCAAAAGCCACAGCAUCACAACUAUGAGGAUUGUGGUGCCGGUAUACCGAACAAUAUGGGCUACUUUAACCCGGACGAAGUUGUGAUUCCACCUACUCCACAGCCCGCUUUGCAACAACUGCAAGAAAAACAGCAACAACAAUACAAUAGUUUACCCGAACAGCUGCAAGCGCUGAACAUUGGCGGCAAUGUAAGUGUCAAACCAAACGGGCAACCCAGCUAUGCCAGUGUAAGCAACGGUGGUAAUAAUAGCGGUUACCAAGGCAUGGUGCCCACUCUCAGCAUUAUGGACCAGCUGAAUCGUGGUGUACAAGUGGAAAAUCUUUCGUUACCACCUGGCAUCACACUCACCAAAGUGGAUCCCGUAAAGAGCGAACAGCUACGUCAAAAAUCCGAGUCCAUACGGAAACUUUCGAAACCAUUACAACAACAGGCGCAACCGCCGCAAUCAUUCCAUCACAAGGCCGGUGCGACGAUAAUUGCACCACCUGUAGCUCCGAUUGGCAAUUACUUUGGUGCCGCGCCAUAUGCAGGUGUUGCUGCUGCAGCAGCAGCAUUGGAACAGAGUGGCAUCAUAAUGGUAGAAGCAAAUCCACCUACAGGCAGCUACAAAAAGGAGCAAUCAAAGAUGGGUACACCAGCUGGAUCGGCUUCGUCUGGUGGCAAACCUUCUAAGAGUAAGAAGCGGCGGAAUAAAUCGAAGCAAGAGAGCAAUGCACGUGCAGCUGCUGCCGCUGCUGCUGCGAAAAAUGCCAACACUCCAAUCGGCAGUAAUGCUAAUGCUAGCGGCGCAGAUCAGAAUGCAAAAGGCCAGCAGAAGAUGAUCACAUUACGCAAUCCGUUGUUCCACGGUGGAGCAUCCAGCGCAGCGGCAACCAUACUACAGCAACAACCAGGACUUAUGCCAGGACGACCAGUAGGCGGUUUGCCAAUAGCUGCAUCAUUGUCCAUGGAUCAGCCAGCUGCCAUAAUUAAAAACGAGAACGGCAUGUUUACUAUACGCAACCCGGCGCUUCAUCAAGCUGUUACGAAUGGCCUAGCUUUGGGUGGUUAUCGGCAAUUCGGUAACGUAAGCUAUUAUACGCCACAAGAGGCUGCCGCCGAAGCAGUUAGAGCCACUCAAAUUCAACAGCAACCUAGCCAGGUGAUUUCGACCAACGGCGGUGACGGCAGUAGCGCCUCUUCGUCAUCAGCCUUUUCAUAUUUCUCGAAUAGCAGCUCUAAUGCGAGCAGCGCAAAUGUACCAGUCACUUCGACUUCGUCGGCUGGCAGUGUGGGUGCUGUCACGAUCGGUAACACACACAACACCAUCAGUAUUAGUUGUACCAGCAUAGAUGAGCACGGCGGGAGCACAUCUUUAACUGGUAAUGGUGGCGGCUUGACGGGCGAUGCGGCCGUAAUUGCACGGCCAUCACCACAACCAAAAUGCAUCUCAGCCAUAGGCAGUGAAAUAAAGAAUGCACAACAACAAAAACAGAAAUCCAAGGAAAGUGCUACACAGUGGCCUUCAUAUGUAGGGCCAGAGCUGCAAAACCCUGGUGUGCCGGGAACAGAUAAUUUGGUUGCAGCGGCGGCAGCAGCAGCUUACCUAGGCAAUGCUGGAAAUGGUUGUGUCACUAAUGCCGGUAAUAGCGGUGCUGGUGUGGUUGUUGGUGCUUCCAUGGGUGGAGGUGGCGGCGGAGGUGCCGGUGGCUGUCUAACUACUGCCUCGCUGCAAGAAAAAUACCAACAGUCCAGUUACUAUAAUGGUUUUGUUGAUGUUUUUCCACCUACAGCCCAAAGUAAUAGCAGUCAAAUGUCAACAUCAGGUGUUCAUUCCAGCAAUACUGGUUCGCUUUUCGAUGGUGGCACUGAUUGCCAUUUACGCCAUCAUAAUUGUGGUGAGGAUUCACCACCACCUACCAUAACUGGAUAUAAUUCAUAUUUGGAAGGCAUUACUAAUACGGGUGUCAUACGUUAUGAUGAUGCUUCCUUCUUGAAGAAUUUAAUACCAGGGCAAAACCUCAGCAAUGAGGUGUCCAUUCACAAUAUAAACGACUCGAAGUUUACACGAAGUACAACAUCACCGGUGGCACAUCGGGUGGAAAUUACGCCGGUCUACCGCAGUAGACCGACGUCAACGACUACGAAUAUUUACGAACAUUGUGCAACAUCAGCAUCACUUACACAGAGUGCACUGAGCGAGCAGCAAGCGAAAUAUCAUCACAGUGUCGUUCCCAAUUAUAAUGACGCUUUGCCCGACUUCGGAAAUGAUGCCAGCAGUAUUUUUGCGCCGAACAGUCUCGUUAACUUAAAUGAACUGGACGCAGGCAGUGCUGGUGGCAAUGAGUCUGAAGCUGAAUCCUAUCAGCGCUACAAUUAUGAAUAUGAGAGCCAGCACCAGAAGCAGCAGCAACAGCAACAAAAGGCAAUACUCGACUUGAACGAGCUGCUAAUCAAAAAGAACUCACACAGCCCACAUGAGCAACGCGCUUCACCAUACCUAGACGAAGCGGCCAUGGACAGUUUUGUGCAGAAUAUCAACACCUUGCAAAUAUCCUCAUCCGCAGAUGAUCAAUGUGGCGGUAGACAUUUGAAUGGAAGUAGCGGCGGUAGUGGUGGCAAUGGCAGAAGUAGUGCUGGUGCGGGCGGUGUUCCCAGCAACACUGCCACAACAACGACGGCGAAUGGCUGGUGGUAAAGCGAACAGGCAUAGACUGCUUCGCCGAUGUCGCCGACUGUGCCGAUGCAAUACCGAUUCUAACAAAACUGCACACACAUACACACACAUAUUGCAAUACAUGCCCUAACAUAUACAUACAAAUAAAAUAUAUACACAUAUUACAACAUGUUGUUCAUGUUAAUCCUACCAUUAGAGUCUUAAAUUGUCAAUUUAAGUAAAACGUCAAGAUGUCGAAAAAAAAUUUACCUGCGUCAGUUUGCACCUGUUGUGUAGUGACAGCUUGUUGGUCAUUUAUAGAAUGGCAUGCCACUGUGUUUUCUCAGCUCGGAAUCAAAUAAAAAAUAAAAUUAAUAAAGUAUUCCAAGUUCGAAAGAAAUAAGAGAAAUUUUGUCACAUUUGAAAAUGCAUUUGUAAGAAAUGCGAAAACAAUGAAAAGCUGAAAUAACAAAUAUAACAUUAAUGAUAAAACUAGAAUGCGAGUAAAAUACAUACAUACAUUAAAAUACACCAUAAAAAAAGAAUCUAAAUAUGCAUAGCUUAAACACUUUUCUUUCCUUUGUGUCUGUGGCUUAACCACAUACGCAUUUAAGGAGAUAUCAAAAUUUUAACGGUUCGAUCACCACUAGCACCUAGGAAUCAAGAACAAACAAACGAUAACGACAUGACAGAGAAAUUAAAAACCUAAACAGCAACUGUGUGCAACUACACAGGUGCGUCAAUGCAAAUGAGCCCGAGGAAGCAAAUCUGCUUUGGGUUCAAUGACGGACACUUCCGUCUGAUAAUUCGUAUUAUCAAUUUACAUACAUAUUAUACAUAUAACAAAAAUUAACUUUUUGCGCUUUUGUGCAACUAUUUUAUUUUUCUAUUUUCUUUCAGCUUUAGAAUACAAUUGAAAUUGCAAUAACAAAAAAAAAAACAAAAAAAAAACUGAAAUACAAAAUAACGAUAAUUAUAGUAAUGAAAUGGAAAAGUAAUUUUUAAACGUUCAAACGCAAAAUGAAAACACGAUGAACGAUGUAAAUAAUAAAUGU